AUGUUCUACUCGACGUCAGAAUACGCUGGGGAAGGAGACAGCUCCUUGAAAGAAGCCGUUGACGUUGUCAUUGACAUCCUCACUGUCCCAAUCCCGCCGAUACUCAUUAUUUUUGGUCUCUUGGGCAAUCUCUUCAGCUUUCUACUGAUGAACCGCCAGAAAUACCAGAAGAGCACUACGUGUUUUUACAUGCGCUGUAUGGCCGGUUCCGACUGUUUGUACAUCUACGGACGGAUGUUCCUCCGUCAAAUUAUAGUUAUGGCUCCGCAUCAUUUUGAGAGCAUGGACGUAAAAGUACCAUUCUGUCUUAACUUCAAUGUGAGUUUUAUGAUUGGUCUCGUUCUCUCCCCAAUGAUCCUCGUUGUCAUGGCUUUUGAUCGUUUUCUUGCUGUAACAUGGCCGCUCAAGGCAGCCAUGAUCUGCACGAUGCGGAGAGCGAGAAUAACAGUUCUGGUCCUAAUUCUGUUCAGUCUUACAUUCAGCCUCAUGACACUUGGCCGGACGUAUCAGGAGAAAUACAACUUUUGGCUGUGCCCCUUGAACUUCGAGGAACCAAUAGACGAGAUCUACUCAACGAUUCAAGCGACCAUUACCGCCUUUUUCCCGAUGGCAGCUCUUGCCAUCUUCAAUCUCGGUAUCUUGAUAGCGGUGUACAGAAGCAAACGGAAUACGAAAUUAACAAAGACAUCCUCAGGUCCCAAAGGCAAAGAGUCGUUGAGUAUUACCUUAGCUACAGUUAUUGUAACUUGUGCCUUUAUAGUCCUCCAAACGCCGCAUAAAGCCAACGUCUUGUUUUGGACCGUGUUUCAAGGGGAGGUCACAGCUGACGUUCGGCAGUGGCAACGGCUGAUGAACAACGCCGUCCUUCUCACUGAGAAUUUGAAUUAUUGUAUCAACUCCUAUCUCUAUAUUUUGGCGAGCAAGCGUUUGAGAAAUGAGAUGGUUAACAUCAUUUGUCCACGUUCUAUUAGGCAGAAAUAG